AGCAGUUGUUGUUGCCUUGUUUCAGGUUAUCAGCAUUCCAAAGGCACGUGGCCCACUUGUGAAGGACAGUCAACUGAUCAAAGAUGGCGGCUAGCGCUGGUGCCAGCAGCUGGUCGGGCAGCAGCGGGGGCAGCACAUCCUCCCAAGGACGCCAGCUGGCGACCGCCCAGCCCGCCCAGGAAGAGCGUUUAGUGGUGGCGGUGCGCGUACGUCCCAGCCUGGAGGCCACGGAGCGCUGCAUCGAGGUCAUCUCCAGCGGCUCUCUGCUCUAUGACGACGGCGGCAAGAGCCGGCCACGCAAAUACUCAUACGACCACGUUUUCAAGGAGAACGACACACAGGAGCAGGUCUACAAAACCACCACAGCACCACUGGUCAAGGACGUCCUGAAUGGCUAUAAUGCGGCCGUGUUUGCCUAUGGCGCCACGGGCUCCGGCAAAACACACACAAUGCUCGGUCCUGUGCCCCGGAAGAAGCCCUCCACGGCGGAUCGGGGGCCAACCGCAGUCGUUGGCUACGAGGCGGACGUUAGCAGUCAGGACAUUGGCCUAAUGGUGCGCGCCAUUGAGGAUAUUUUUGGUCACAUCGAGACGGCUGGGCCGGAGAGUUCCACCAAGGUAUCCAUAUCGUAUCUGGAAAUCUACAACGAGCUCAUACGGGACUUGCUCAAUCCUGGCGGGCCGCUGGAACUAAGGGAAGAUCACAGGGGUCAGCGCAUCACAGUGGCUGGCCUUUCCGAAAUAACUACGUCUAGCCGCAAGGAGGUCGUCAGCCUGCUCAUCAAGGGCAACAAGUCGAGAACAAUGGAGCCAACUGCGGCCAAUCAGACCUCGUCGCGCAGCCACGCCCUCCUAAGUAUUACGGUGCAGACGCGCACGUCCCUGGGCACCAAGCAGGGCAGGCUCUUCCUCACUGAUCUGGCCGGCUCGGAGCGGGCCAAGAAGACUAAGAAUCGAGGCAAGCGCUUGCAGGAGGGCGCCCACAUCAAUCGCAGUCUACUGGCCCUGGGCAACUGCAUCAAUGCACUGUCUGGCGGUGCUCGCUACGUGAACUACCGCGACUCAAAGCUCACCCGUCUGCUCAAAGAGGCGCUCAGUGGUCGCUGCAAGACGGUUAUGAUAGCCCAUGUGGCGCCUGAGAGCAAGCAUCGGGAUGAGACCAAGAACACGCUGGUGUACGCGGACCGCGCAAAUAGCAUCACCACCAAGCUGCAGAGCUCCGUCUACAUCGAUGAGUUCAAGAAUUUCCCCACCAAACACUAUCAGAGCCUCGUCUCGGAGCUGCGAGACGAGGUCACCCGCCUGCGCACCAAAAUGCUAACGGAUCGCCCGCGCAGCGGUGCUGCCGCCGCUGCCGCUUCAAUCGCAGCGCAGCAGCCGCCCAGCGAGGAGCACAACGAGCAGCGCAAGGCGGAGCUGCGGUAUCUGCGCGAACAGAUUGUGCUGACCUUCAAGCAGCAGAUGAAGCUGCGUCGCAAACUGCUCGAGGCCGAGAGCCAUCUGCUGGGCCUGGAGCUGGAUGCCGAGCGACAGCACAUGAUCAUAUCACAUUGGCAGGGACGCAUCGGCAAACUGUACGACGCGCCUGGAGAAGAUGACAUUGAGUCAGAGGGUUCCGUGGCUUUGAAGAAUGCGUGGGGUGAAUUGGCGGCUAUUGAGAAGGAGACGCGACGGUAUAAGGAAAUUCGUGAGCACACAGAACACGAGUUGGAGCAAUGUCGCCAGAAGGGCGUCAAACUAGAGGAUGAGCUUCCGGAGCGCAUUUCAAGCGAUGAGGAGCGCGAGCUGCUCGCCCUGCUCUGCCGUGUGCAUGAACUGGAGGCGGACAAGGUCUCCUUGCAAGCGGAGCGGCUGGCGCGCCAGGCGGAGCUGCGGCGUCGGGAUCUGCAGCUGCUGCGCGCCGAACGGCAGAGGCGACUGUGCGAGGACAUCAUUAGCUCGCAGCGCCGACUCAUCGAGGAGGGCAACGUGGAGCUGCCGGAUGAGCUGCGCGAACUCUACGGUCUCUACCAGCAGGAGAUACACGCGGGAGUUGUCACGCCCAGCACGAGCAGCUACGACAAGAAGCUGCCGCCCAUAUACACAGCUGGCUCCGAUUCCCCGGGCUCUAGUUCUAGCUCCGAAUGGUCACCCGCCUCGCCUUUGCCGGCCAUUGAAGGUCAGGCCGAGCACAUUAUCGUGGCGGAUGGUCCCGAUCGUCUGAUGGGUCCGCCAGUGAAUUCCCGUCUGCCCCGUCUGACCACUGCUGCGCCCGGGGUCGGCAUGCGUCGCCCCUCGCUGCGUCUGGGCAAACAGACGCAGCCUUAGAGGCAACUGCGCCGGCUCUGUCCGAACUGCUCAGGUCUAGCUGUAAAGGUUUAGCUAUUGAUGGAACGAGCAUUACUACUAUUUAGAGAAACUAGAAAACUUAGCAAUAUGCUUAAUAUACGAAUUAACUUUAGCAAUUAUUCUUAAUUAUGUUUGCUUAAGGUCGCAGUAAAUAUCUUAAAUAAAUGCCUUAUCUGAUAGAA